AUGCCGACAUCCUUGGCUGCUUGCACGCCUCUUGCUGGGAACGACAGUUGUAAAAGCAAAAAGCAAGGUGCAUCCAGGGUGAGACCGGCUGCGGCAAGUCAACCCGAGUACCGGUGUAUGUCAUGGAGGAGUAUUUCGAAAAGCGACGAGCUGGCAAAAUUUCGCGAGAGGACAAGUUCAUGGUCCUCUGUACUCAGCCCAGGCAAGUUGCUGUGUGGUUCACAGAGGCAGAUUUGCGUGGUCAUGAGGUCGUUUAAGUAG